AGGGUUGGUCCCCCUUUUCGAAAGUGUCGAAUCGAGAAAGGUUGGAAAAGUUUAUCCAGCUAAAGAUCGUCCAGAAGAAGAACGAUGGAAUCGCGGCACAGCAGCGCUAUGUUUGCUGCAUCGAGGACGGAGCGCGUUCAUCAGUCUACGAAGUGCCGGCGAAGGACAAGCCUCUGAAGGAAUCUGGUGUGCCGGCUGGCGACGUCGUCAGCGGAACGGAUGUCGGAAACGGAUGGCUCAGGAUGGAGAAAAGGUUCUUACUUUUCACGUGCAAAAGAAAAUUUGCAGAGUUGUUGGCUUACUGGAGAAAUCAUACUACGUUUUUGUUUGUCUAGAAUUGUCGCUACUAAAAUCAGCCGCGGUGGACAGCUUUGGCGACGUUUCGCGCGUAUUCAAGACUUUCGUUUAGAGACUGAACUCUAUAAAGAGAAUCGUCUCUUGUGUUUGGCGCCGACGUCUUUUGAGAGCCUCGGUGGGCGAUUUCCAUGCGACGCGCCGCGAUCUCUUGAGGCACAGCCAUUACCGAUUUCUCUCUCGGGUCUCGACAAACAACUCGUCAUGGAGCACUAUCAGACGAUGCAAGGUAAUGAUAAAAAUUUUGAGGCAUUUUAGUCCGGACUCGUUACUUUCAACAAGAACAACCCAAACGUGUCAAUUGAUCCAGCAAUUAGUAAACAAUCCCAACCGUACUCACAAGCAUUCCGAGCCACAAUAAAAUUCACAAAAGUUGUACAAGCUCCUCUAUCACUUUACCACCUGCGACAAUUCAUUACCACGACAGAAUGGAAAGAGUAUUACAAGCGGCGCGAGCGGGAAAGGAUUGCGCAGGCAGACGCGAAGAAAGUCGCGGCGCUCCUUGGCGAGAAGAAAGAACAACGAACGUUGGAGAACGAACGCGCGCACAAGAAGGCCUCUUUGGACUUCUUCCGAGUAUCCAACGUCAUGGAAUCUGUGGAAGACGGCGUCAAACAGAAGACCAGAGAUAUGUUCAAAAAGGUAUUUCAAUUAGGUUUUUGUGGAUAUUUUUGAAUGGUGCCUCUCGAGCGAGUUCUUCUCUACAGAAUGCUUGCGUGCGUGGUAAUCCGCACGUGGAAGCAAUAACAUGAACAUCCAGCGAGGACUGUCUGGACUUUAGAUGUGGCACUGGGCACGCAUCGAUCGGCGUCACUGUAUGAUUUUCAUACAUGAAUGUGGGGUGUUUAUCAUCAUCACGAAAGUUUCUUUUACACUUUUCAAAAUCAGCGUGUCGAAGCGACCGCGAGUGUAGCAGGCAACGUGGAUAAUGUGACGACGUUCAAAGUCGUUCUGAUCCGCAAGAUGGCAGAGGAAGAGUGGGGUCUGCGGUUUGAUAAGAGGUUGGAGCAGGCUGGGCAAAAGGUUGUCCGUGGCGUGAUUCUGAAUUUUAUGGCAACACACCGUUGCGGCGUGAACGGUGUUUCAAAUGCACGGAGCACCGUAGAACUACAAUUGAAGUAAAGGGAAAUGAGUCACUGAGAACCGCCCCAGCUGGGGUACUGACAAACUGCUUGGAUUGAGGGGGCACGACAGUGGCAGGCACGUCAGGAACAGACUAGUGAGAGUGUGUAUUUUCUAAGGAUUACAAGAUCCCGAACGUGGUCACGCGUUGGAACCGGAUGCAAGGGGAAAAGAGAACGCAAUACCUCGAAGUUCGCGUUGGUGAUCGCUUACUGAAGGUGAACGGGAAGACCAGCAUCUACGGUAUCGACGACGAACUCGCGAGCGCUAGGGAGUUGCGGUGCGAGUUCUGCCGUACUGGAGAUGCAACGCGACCACUGCCAGAUCGAAGACACAAGGGCAUCGAAGACGACGCAUUGAUGCGCCAGACCUUGACAGACUUCAACCGAGACGUCAAUGUACUAGAAGAUGUAAUUCUAGACUUGCGCUUUCUAGUAAGCAUUCGCAUAGCAUGAUCGCAAAGUAAGUUCUUCAGGUCGCACCAGCAUUCGUACAUCAAAGAUAUUGGCAUUCGAAUAUUAGCUGUUCCAGUCAACAAACCCAGUCGUUUGAUUUAUUCUUCAAAGUUUUUUCGAAGUGAAAGUUGCGCAUUCAUCUCAACCUUAUCAUUCCUCAUAAAAAAGAAGUCGAAUAAAGACAAUGAAUCCUCGUUUCAACACACCAGCUGUUCAACUCGGAGACGAUGCGCGAGCCCAAGCGCGUGAUGUUCAAGAACCAUGAGCCAUUGGGCUUCUCGAUCGAUUGGCGUAGCGGCUACCCGCUGAAGGUGAAGUACGUGUCCAAGGGCUCUUAUGCGCUCAAACUAGGCGUGGAAGAGGGAGACAUCGUGUUCGCGAUCAAUGGCACCGAGGUGCAGAAGCGGCACUUCGAAGGGCCUGAGGGAAAAGACGGCUGCCGGAAAAUGGUGGAGCCAGCACUGCGGGAGCGUCCACUGGAGAUCAUUUUCCAUCGCGCACUCAAAUUUGCGUUGCGCAAGAGCUACCCACCAAGACCGCGGACGCAGAUCAAGAUGUUCGUGCCGGAAGGAAUCCGUUUGGGUUUCACGUUUGAUGUCGACCAGCUGCCCUGCCCGAUUCGACAUGUCAAGCCCUUCUCGAAAGCGCAAAAGUUAGGGCAUGCUAUUCAGUUUUUCAUGUUCCUCGAGAAGAUAAUCAAUUAUAUCGAAAUCAGGAGCUACAACCGGAAGAAAAGUAGUAGAAAUCUUCGUUGUUGUAAUCGAUUUUUUUAUGAGAUGUUGUAGAUGACUUCUGAACAACAAAAGAGUAGUUCUGAGCAUCAAAGGCAUCUUCUGAAAAAAUCGCAUACAACGAGAAAUGAAAAAGAGAGAAGAGCAAAAUUAGACCCUGCAAAGCAGGAGGCUAAAUUUGAAAGAACGGAUUGGUAGCAAUAAUAGCUUCGAAUUAAGUAAUAUUUCAUCACUGUUAUUCUAGAAAGCUACAGCACCCUCCCAAACCCUUGCGAAAAGGUCGUUGAGUAACGAAAAGGAAGGUGUCUUGAUAAUCACAAAUUUUUGAGUAAAUGUGCUGCCACUUGAUGUAGAAAUUUAAUGAUAUAGUUGAGAAUUUCACUGAAAAGGAUGUAGCUGAUUAGGCAAGAUGGAUGUGCUCGUCUAACGACGACGGGCAUUCACGUAGCCGACGCGCUCGUAUCGAUCAACGGGCAGAAGGUGGCACCGUACAUGCUCCAGAGUUACGCGGGACUGAGCGGAGAAGGACACACGAUCUUAGACCAGCUUUUGGCCGAGAGGCCCCUCAAUUUAUUCUUCGAACGCGGACACUACGACGCGCCGUACCCGGAAAACUUCAUCAUCUCGGACUGCGGAUUUGCGUACAGUGAUUUCUAUCUUUUGCCCAGUUAGCGAACGAGUACUAUGUGUUUCACUUCCUUUCAGGACCACGAAUUUGUUCUAGCAAAAGACAUUGGUGCCUUGGUCGUGUUCCCAGCACAAUGUCACACCUUCAAAGUCGAAAUGGCUCUCCUCCAAAGAAAUACUUAAAUAUGAUAACUAACAUUCAAAUUUAUGUUUCUAGCAGGUACGACCCAGAGCUCGUCGUCACGUUCACACUGAACGAGGUCACGCCAGCGGAAUUUGUGUACGAAUACAAUCCGUUGCGCGAUAUUCUUCCGCGUUUGAAAUCGCCGCUCCCCAGGAACCUGGAACUGAAGGGUUUGCGAGAAGGAGACGCAAUCCUGGCGAUCAACGACUGCCUCUUCUACGACUUUGUGGACUGGGAGCACGACUUCCCGCUCCACCUCUACACGGCGGACAAGAAGUCGAUCAAAUUCUACCUCUCCGAGGAAGAACGGCUGUGGGGCAUUGGAGCUUUGAAACUACAAUCCAGGUGGAGGGGUCACCAUGUCCGCAACAACGUCUACGGCGACCGCAAAGCCAAGGCGAUAGAGCAGAAGUAUUUACUAUUGAUAACAGAAUAAUAAAUUAUCAAAGAUGAAUCAAGAACAACCUUGGUAGUUGUUGAGGUGGCGUCUAUGAUUGCGAAGUUCGUUGUCGUGUAGUAAAACUGAAUUGAUGUCAGGGAUGAAUACUAACAUCAACAAGAAAAAAAUAUUGUCUUGAAUUCCUCAACAACCAUACUUGCUUCCACACAAUUUCUUUUGCAGGUUUCUAAAGAUGAUGAUGAGCCAUGUCGAAAAUGCAGUUUUUACCGAAGAACAAGAACAAGAAAUCAAAGAAAAGAACGUACGAAGAAUUCAGAGGUCUUGGCGCAGAAAGCAGAUGAUCAGGAAAGCCCAGCAAGACGCGUAGCUCAUUUUUCUCAAUAAUUCAGAAAUAGAAGUACAAGUCGCGGACAGUCUCUUUUUGUUGAUUCACAGAGGUCCUCCUCUGGGGACUCUUACAAUGUAAAUCCUGCAGAAUAGAACAUCCAUGUUAAACAAUUCCACGUUUAACUACGACCCUUACAGUUUACACGCACCUCUGUUUCUACUCUGUUUUUCCAUUACACCUACUCAGACGGGAACAAGAAUUAUCGCAAGCUAUUAUGGGUGGUCCAGGCAUGAUGUUGGACGAGCACGGCGAUGUCGUACCAGUCCCGGUGUCCGCUCGUUCGCGGGCCGCCUUCGGAAAACACACCUUUAAGAAGGCUCCAACAGCGGAAGUGCCUUCCAGCGAAGGCUUCUCCUCCAGUGCUCCGGAUGCCUGGGAUGAUAGGAGGAUUGUGCCGUUUGGAGGUACUUGUAACUAAAAAGUUUAGGAGGGAGUAUGAAGAUGCUUCGUAAACGUGGUUGAAACGUAGAAGAUUCUUCCCUUGAAGACCUGUUCUUGUGAAGGACCGUGCUGUUCUGCAACAAUUUGUUUGCUGUUUGUCUUUUAUGAAGUUGAUAUUCGUACUAGUGGGUUUAUUCUGGUUUCUUUGUUCUCGCAUUUCAGGUAUUCCGGCCUCCAGCACGGAUAAGUUGAAAGUGCUGCCCGACUCAGCCUUCAUGGCAUACACCGUCAAGACGAAGAGGAAAGAGGGGCAGAGGUGGGGUAUUGCCUUCGACAUUGAUCGCGGAGUUUUGAUUAAUGUGACCCCUGAUGGUGCUUUUGGCAACUGGCGAGACCAGCGUGUCUCAGUGGGUGACGUAAUCUAUUCCGUUAACGGACAGGUGGAGCCGCGCAAGUUUUAUGAGGUACUGGCAACAGCGGAAAAGGUGGACGUCGAGUUUAGGCGGUUGAACCCGAAUCAUGGACAGCGACCGCCAUUCGAAGCGCAAAUCACGCGCAAGAGCAACGAGAAGUGGGGCCUGCAGCUAGAUCUGGGUACAGGAGUAAUAGACGGGCUGGUAAAGGGCGGACCGUGUGACCGCUACAACACGGAGGCGAAGCGCAUCAGCGGCAGCGACAACGCAACGCUGAUGGCCGGCGACAAAGUGUUGGCGGUGAACCGCGUGCCGCUAGGAGGGCAGAACCAGGAGAUCUUCGAAGGGCAGGACAUCGUCUUUUUCAUUCUCCCACAAGGUUUCGAGACUUGUCUGCCAAGAAGACAGGCCGCGCUUUAAUUCCAAAGCAGUACUAGUACAACUACAAACAGUAAUCAUACGAGAAUACAACGGGACAAAACACAUGCUAGUACUCAUGAAUUGCUUGAGUUGGAAGCUUUUGGUUUUGUGCAUAGAUACACAGAGUUUGCAUUUGCAAUGUUUGGCCCUAACUGUACUUGUGCUGGAAUGAUCAUACGAAAAAAAGUGAAAAGUAAAUAUGUUUGGGAAUAAGUUGCAUUGCCUUGAUAAACAUGAAAUAUUAAACCACAUUCAUUCGCCUAGUACUAUACCAUUGAAUAGAAAUGUCAUGGUGAUUCGUGACGUAAGAAACUGUUGGUUGGAACAUAUGUUAUGACGCGGAAACUACAUUCGAACGAAAACGCACCCAGUUGCACAGAUUUAAUUUAAUUGUAUAGCUGAGAUUUCGAAAUUUUUGGAAAUGCUACUACAUACAAAACCGAUACGGAUUGCUUCUACAACUACUCGCUCUGGCGUGAAGUUUAUCACAAUGGAAACUAUUUUCAUAUAGGGUGAACAAUACGAAACUUGAAACCUAAGAAAUCACAAAAACGUGCAAAUAAACUUGUUGAGAAUAUCGAUCAGAUUCAUCUACCAAGCUGCAAUACGUGGUGAUCAUUUAUAUCUGCCUAACAGCCACAGUCAUUACAGUACAGUACAGCAUCAGCAUGAUACGACAGUCGUGAGGCCAAGUUUCAUGGAACGACCGAUUUUCACUUCCAACCUGUCCGUCGUUUUUCAGGUGUUUUUGUCGGCCAAUAAUAGCUCUUGCUCCAGCGUCACAAAUCAUGAACAUCUUCCAUAUUCAUGGACGUGCAUGUGCAACUGCACCAACUACAUCACAAUACUGACAUCACAGAAGUAAUUUGUACUAAAACUACUAGUAAAAUGUACGUUGUUUGGAACCAAAAGUUUUGCAGAGGAGGUGGAAAAGGAAGAUAAAUUCCGCCACAGAAAAUCGUGGUUGUGAAUCGUGUAAUUCAUUGAGAAUAAAUAUAGUCAAUAUCGAAUUCUUUCGGUCUAUAUAUAAGAAUAACAAAUGUACC